UCAGCCUUUCACUUGGGACGCUGUGACCAGGGAGGCCCCGACCUAGGUAAUUAGCACCAAUUAGAGUCAAUGUCACUGAUUCCCGGACCUGCGCCGGUACCCGGAAAAUCACCGGCUUUGAUGCUGUGGCUGAAGCACGGGAAGCUCUCUGUGCAUCAGCCUGCCGCCACUGGGGCGUAGCUUAUCCACACGAGGCUGAGAAAUUCAACCUCUCCAAGUCCCGGAGUCUCGAGGGCCCAAGACUCCAAGAAUCCAGCUUUGAACAUCACCACCUCGACUGCCCUGGCUCCCGCAAGCAAACCACCACACCCGACUGUCGGGAUUUCUUCAACCGUAUUCAGCCGAUUCUCCUGCCCAUCGCCUCCACCUCUCUCCGUCAACAUUCUCGACCGCAUCCGCGCAUCACACCUCUUUGUCCAACAUGUCGACAAGACCGCCUUCUCGCGUUGUCUUCGUAGGCAACAUCCCCUACGGCCUCUCCGAGGAGCAAAUCACGGACAUCUUCAGCAGCGCCGGCAAGGUCGAACGCUUCCGCCUUGUCUAUGAUUCAGAGACCGGCCGCCCCAAGGGCUUUGGCUUCGCCGACUACCCAGACACCGACUCCGCCUCUUCAGCGGUGCGCAACCUGAAUGACUAUGAGAUCAUGGGCCGCAAACUCCGCGUCGACUUCUCCAACGACCAAAAGAGCACCGAUGAUGACAACCAGGGGCCGUCCGGGCACAACGCCCACGGGUCGAAUGGCGCUCCCCCAACCAACUACAACAACCAGCCAAGCUCCCUGCCUCCUCUACCCUCUGGAAAGGAGCUGCCUCCAGGCGUCACCUGCACCGAUGCUAUCUCUCGCACCCUCGAGACUCUCCCGCCCCCCCAGCUCCUCGAUAUUCUUGUCCAGAUGAAGACCCUGGCCACCUCCGAGCCCCAGCGCGCCACCGAACUCCUCCAGCAAGCCCCACAGUUGGCCUACGCCGUCUUUCAGGCCCUCCUCCUAAUGGGCCUCGUCUCCCCCGAAGCCAUCCAGUCCGUUGUCGAACCCGGUGCUCCCCCACCGGUACAGGCUCCUCCUGUCGGCUACCCGUCCGCCCCGAUGCCCGGCUACCCUGGUGCGAGUAACACUCCUCCUGUCGCCGCCAUGCCGUACCAGGCGCCGCCGCAGGCAUAUGGUGCUCCUGCGGCGCCCCCUGCUCCUGCUCCCGCUGUCCAGGAUUCUGAUGCUCUUAUGAGGGCCGUCAUGGAGCUUCCUCAGGCCCAAAUCGACAUGCUCCCCGAGGCUGAGCGACAACAGAUUCUAGCUCUCCGAGCAAGCUUUGGUGUCCAGCGACGAUGAUCAUUGUCAGCACAUGUCAUUUUAAUCCGACGUCGCAUUGAGAGAGCUAGACAGGAGACUUUCCUAAAACGCUUUGCUCUCUUAGCCGGCGUCGUUGGGCAACUUUCGUUUUGGCGUUAUGGCGCAAGUUGAUAUCGAUAUGGAACAAGCUACAAGGCCCUGGCUCCCUGGGAUAAAAGGUUGUACUGUUGUGUACUCUGCGACGACAAAACUCUCAUGGCGAGGAAGUAAAAUACCUACACUACGGAAAUCGUCGAACCUAUGUAGUGCGGUGGUAUCGUCGGGGAUACAUAUACAUGGAGGACAGCAUGGAGAUAAAUGGACAUGGAAUUAGAUACCCACGGCUCCAAUGUACUUUGAUGACAAUUUUAUUCAACAUGUUUUAAC